ACAUUAGAAGGCAAGAAGCGGUCUGGGAGUGUCGAGGCGUUUUACCAGGACCUUGCCGGGAGGGAAAGCAAGGCCGGGUAACGGGAAAAGGUGGGCAGGCGGCUGAGGCUGCGAGCGCAGCGCGAGGGGGGAGGGGAGGCGCGCGCGCGCGCGCCUUGGGCUGGCCCCGCCCCCCGGAGGCGGGCUCUGCGCGCUGAUUGGCCCGCGCCGGCCUCGCUCCGGGUUGGUGGGAGGUAUCCGAGUCCGCAGUGCCGCGGUAGAGUGACCUGCGAGCAACCGUCUGAGGCCUGGGGCGUCUGGGGAAGGCUGCCCGCCGGCCCGGCCCCCGCUCACCAGCCUCGGUUUUCCUCAGGAGCAUCUGCACCAGAAUCCUGAGACCUGAGCUGCUGUAUCUCGGAAUUGUGGGAAACCAAAAUGAGGCAUAAUCAGCUAUGUUGUGAGACACCACCUACUGUCACUGUACAUGUAAAAUCAGGGUCAAAUAGAUCACAUCAGCCUAAAAAACCCAUUAACCUGAAGCGUCCUAUUUUUAAAGAUAGUUGGCCAGCAUCUGAAAAAAAUGCACAUAAUAGCAACAAGUCUAAAUGCCCCAAAGGACCCUGUCUAGUUAUACAGCGUCAGGAAAUGACUGCUUUCUUUAAAUUAUUUGAUGACGAUUUAAUUCAAGAUUUCUUGUGGAUGGACUGCUGCUGUAAAAUUGCAGACAAGUAUCUUUUGGCUAUGACCUUUGUUUAUUUCAAGAGAGCUAAAUUUACUAUAAAUGAGCAUACCAGGAUAAAUUUCUUUAUUGCUCUGUAUCUGGCUAAUACAGUUGAAGAAGAUGAAGAAGAAUCCAAAUAUGAAAUUUUUCCAUGGGCUUUAGGGAAAAACUGGAGAAAAUUAUUCCCUGAUUUCUUAAAGUUAAGGGACAAACUCUGGGAUAGAAUUGACUAUAGGGCUAUUGUAAGCCGGCGAUGCUGUGAGGAGGUUAUGGCCAUUGCUCCAACCCAUUAUAUAUGGCAACGAGAACGCUCUGUGCAUCACAGUGGAGCUGUUAGAAACUACCACAGAGACGAAGUUCAACUGCCCCGCGGACCUAGUGCCACACCAGUUGAUUGUUCACUCUGUGGUAGAAAAGGAAGAUACGUUAGACUGGGAUUGUCUUCAUCAUCAUCUUCAUCCAGUGAUACAGUAGAGGUCGUGGAGAAACAUUCUCAGGAAUCACACAACUCAUUCUCAAUGGACAUAAUAGUUGAUCCUUUUCAAGCUUAUAGCUAUUUUCAAGGUAUGACUUAGAGAUAUGUCAGAAUUAGAUCUAUGAAUGUUAUUAAUAAAUCCAAGUUAUCUAUUGGCCAGUAGUCAGUCCUUAUAGGCGGAGUACAUAAUUAUUUAUAUACUACAACAAUAUGAGUUAAAGUAGUAUUGAAAGUUUUCCCCUUUUCAAGUACUACUUUUUGUCUUGGUAUUGUUUUGUGGUAGCUUACCUAAACUAAGAGAUUUUUAAUGUGACUUCUGUUAAUCUGAAACCUAAUUCACCAUAGAUCUCAAGUAUUUUAAGAGCCUGAACCAUUUUCUUUGAAAUGUUUAUUUUAUUCAAAAGAAGUUUUAAGAAGAGAAUAAAUUUACUUGUAAUCUCACCAUGCAGCUUUAUCAGUAAUUAACUAUUGGUUUCUUCUACACACUUUUUAAAAUUGGGAUAAAAUUGACAUAUAACACUGUAUUAGUUUUAGGUGUGUAACAUAAUGAUUAACACAAUAAAUUUAGUUAACAUCCAUCACCACACAGUUACGGUUUUUUUUCUUGUGAUGAGAACUUUUAAGAUACACUCUCUUAGCAACUCUCAAAUACACAAUCUUGUUAACUAUAGUCACCAUGUGUAGAUUAUAUCCCCAGAACUUAUUUAUCUUAUUACUGGAAAUUUGUACUUUCCACUACCUUCACCCACUACCCCCCUCUCCCCGCCUCCUCUGGCAACCACCAUUUGGUGGUGUAUCUAUGAAUUCAGGUUUUUAAAUUUAUGUUUAAUUUUUGUUUAAUAUUUAUUUAUUUAGGCUGUGUUGGGUCUUAGUUGCAGUGUGCGGGCUCUUUGUUGCGGCGGGCAGGCCUCUCUCUAGUUGUGGUGCACAGGCUCCAGAGUGCGCAGGCUCAGUCGCCCCGUGGCAUGUGGGAUCUUAGUUCCCUGACCAGGGAUCGAACCCAUGUCCCCUGCAUUGGAAGGUGGAUUUGUAACCACUGGACCACCAGGGAAGACCUGAGUCCAGCUUUUUUUAGAUUUCACAUAUAAGUGAGAUCACAAAGUAUUUGCCUUUCUCUGUCUCACUUAUUUCACUUAGCACAAUGCCCUCAAGGUCCAUCCAUGUUGUCACAAAUGGCAGGAUUUCCUUCUUUUUAAAAAAAAAAAAAUAUAUAUAUAUAUAGAGAGAGAGAGAGAGAUAGUCACAUUUUCUUUAUUUUCUUUAUCCAUUCAUCCAUUGAUGGACACUUAAGUUGUUUCCAUGUCAUGUCUUGACUAUUGCAAAUAAUGCUGCACUGAACAUGGGUGUGCAGGUAUCUUUUCAAGAUAGUGAUUUUGUUUCCUUCAGAUAAUACCCAGAAGUGGAAUUGCUGGAACAUAUGGUAGUUCUAUUUUUAACUUUUUGAGGAACCGCUAUACUGUUGUACAUAGUGGCUGCAUCCAACAGUGCACAAGUGUUCCCUUUUCUCCACAUCCUCACUAACACUUAUUUCUUGUUAACAGCCAUUCUAACAGGUGGGAGAUGACAUCACAUUGUGGUUUUAAUUUGUAUUUUCCUAAUUAGUGAUGUUGAACACCUUUUCAUGUACCUCUUGGCCACUUGUAUGUCUUCUUUGGAAAAAUGUCUAUUCAUUUCCUCUGCCCAUUUUUUAAUUGGAUUAUUUUUCUGUUGAGUUGUAUGAGUUCUUUAUAUUUUUGGAUAUUAACCCCCUUGUCAGAUAUAUGAUUUGCAAAUAUUUUCUUCCAUUUGGUAGGUUGCCUUUUCAUUUUGUUGAUGGUUUCCUAUACUGUACAGAAGCUUUUUAGUUUGAUGUAGUCCCACUGUUUAUUUUUGCAUUUGUUGCCUUUGCUUUUGGUGUGAAAUCCAAAAAAACAGUUGCCAAGACCAAUGUCAAGGACCUUACCCUCUGUUUCUUCUAGGAGUUUUGUGGUUUCAGGUCUUACAUUCAAGUCUUUAAUCCAUUUUGAAUUGAUUUUUGUGCAUGGUGUAAGAUAAUGGUCCAGUUUCAUUCUUUCACAUGUGGCUGUCCAGUUUUUCCAACCCCAUUUAUUGAAGAGACUAUCUUUUCCCAAUAUAUUUUUGACUCCUUUGUCAUAAAUUAACCAUAUGUGUGGGUUUAUCUCUGGGCUCUCCAUUCUGUUCCACUGAUCUACGUGUCUGUUUUUAUGCCAAUACCAUACUGUUUUGAUUACUAU